AUGGAAGAGACUGAGGAUGGAGGAGAGCAGGUAAAUAUACACAAGAAGAACAUGUCCCUGGUGCGUUGUGUGCUGUGCGCGGGCCUGUUCCCGAACGUCGCGCAAGUACAGAAGCAAACUAACGCGCGAGGGACGUCGUACCAGAUAUUCGUCAGCCGCCAAAACGAGCGCUGCACACCGCAUCCGUCGAGUCUGAACUUCAAGGCUCAGGACUUUGCGGCCAAUCAUGGCUGGCUCUUGUUUCACGACAAGGUCAAGACGACACAGAUCUACCUCCAUGACACAACGCUGGUAGGCGCAAUACCACUCCUGCUGUUUGGCGGUGAGUUGAAGAUUUCCUCCAAGGAAGCUUUGAAUGGGGUUCCGCAGCUGCUGCUCGCGCACACGGUCCAGCGAAAGACGUGUGCAAGGGAGGGGCAGGGCUUUUGCCAAACGUUCUGCGUGACCUUGGCCUUGAAGCCACAUGAGCUCACAUGGCGAUCUCAAGCUACUCUGAUGCCCAACCCCUUUGUGAGGAGAGGAAGUGCGUCACGGUGGAUGGCAUGA